AUGCUUUUUGAUGGUCAACAACAAAUUUUGUCAAAUGGAUAUGUUGACCAGUUCAGAAUGAGCAAUCAAAUGUAUAAUCAGUGGGGAAUCCAAAGCAACACAGCCAAGCAAGCCUUGUGUCCUGACAUCAAUAUAAGUCUCCGAGAUCACCCACAUAUUACCCACAGAUCUCUGACAAAGCAUCGCUGCACAGUUCCAAAUUGAGCCAAGUCGUUCAAAACCGAGUCGAACAGAGACCGCCACGUGAGGUUCCACUUCAAAACAAGACCCUUUGUGUGUCCAGUGUGUCCAAAGAGUUUCACCCAGAACGGCAACUUGAAGAAGCACUUGCUGAGCCACUCGGAGCCUAACCUGGACACCAGGAGAGUGCACGAGUGCAGUGUUUGUGGCAAGAAGUACACUGAAAAGUACACCCUGAAGACGCAUGAGAGGAAGUUCCACCCAGCAGAGUAUGCACGCAAGUACGGAUACAGAGGCAUAACUAAUUUGUACUAAAUAUGUACGGACUA